AUGGCUGCUGCUGAUGACGAUGCUGUGGGACUCACUUUCUAUCCUGCAUUCUGCUACAAGGCCUCACCUACGCAUUUCACUUGGGUGAAGAUGGCAGUGACGGAUGUGCAUCGAUUGAAGACUAGAUCGGGGUUUGAAGGCCAAAAUAUCUUCUUUUAUUACAAUCACCCCAUACAGUUCGUCUGCUUAGCUGGGGUCAUCGUCGCCAGGACCGAGUACGCCUGGCGCACUGUCUUGAUCCUCGACGAUGGUAGCGGCGAAACUGUCGAGAUUGUAGUCUCUAAGGCUACCUCGCCUCGUCCAGGUGACCGUGUUUCCGAGAAUGCGACGGCAACCCGCGCUGCAGGCCCGGAUUCUGACCCGUCAGGUUCUUUGCCAGAGGCUGAAACGCGGCAUAUAUCGUCGCAGGCCAAGGAUCGUAUUGAUAUCACAGACCUGGUGCCUGGCGUCGUGUUCAAAGUGAAGGGCACGCUCUCCACCUUCCGCUCCACGGUUCAGGUGCAACUUGAGCGGUUCACCUUGCUCCGGGAUACGAACGCCGAAAUGCGUUUCUGGGAUGAGCAGUCUCGCUACUUGGUCGAUGUGCUUUCAGUUCCGUGGACUCUGGAGCCAGAGGAGGUGGAUCAGCUGCGCCGAGAGGCCGACGAAGAAGAGGAUCGGAUCAUUCGAGCCAAAAAGCGGCUGGAGCAGAAGAGAAGAAAGGCGGCCAAAAGGGAAGAGAGAGAUCGGAUGCGGAUCCGUAAGGAGUGGGAAAUGGACGAGAAGCUGCAAGGAGAAGUCGCGAGGCAGUGA